AAAGAAUAUGAAGAAGCAAUGGGGGCGUGUCUUCGAGUGGAAUGUCUGGGUUACUGAACUUUCUCUGUUGUUACAAGAAGCAUUUGUACAUAAUGUCUAAUCAGUAGCGAUUUGAAAACAUAUUUGUUGUGUCGGGGCUCCGGUAUCCAGUUUCCAGUCACAAAUCAUUUCUCGCUACUUUACGAACGCGCUCUUAUUCCAGAGCCAGACCUGCCCAGCAGUACAGAACGUGAGGACGAGAUGGGCGACGUUUGUGGCCAUCUCCCAAACGCUGUAGUGUAGACAAACUUGUGACCUGCGGCUACCUUUUGUCUACCCUAUUUCCUCCUCUCAACCGGCCCCCUGGGCCAAGGAAUUUACUGGAUCUGAGAUGCCUUAUGUGGAUCGGCAAAACCGGAUUUGUGGCUUCUUGGACAUUGAAGAGAAUGAGAGUAGUGGGAAGUUUCAGCGGCGCUACUUCAUUCUGGACACUCUACUGGGCAGCCUGGUCUGGUACAUGGACAACCCUCAGAACUUGCCCAUUGGUGCUGACUGCGUUGGCUCACUGAAACUUACCUACAUCUCCAAGGUCAGUGAUGCCACUAAGCAGAGACCAAAGGCAGAGUUUUGUUUCGUCAUCAAUGCUGGCAUGAGGAAAUUCUUCCUUCAGGCCAAUGAUCAGCAGGAUCUGGUGGACUGGGUGAAUGCUCUGAACAAUGCAACCAAAAUCACUGUACCCAAGUCAUAUGAUGCUCAACAGAAUGUGGAGAACCAGAAAGCGGUUCUAGACAUCCUGUUACCCAAGAAGCAGGUCUCUUACAGGACUGAUAUCAUUGGGGGUGUUCCCAUCAUCACCCAGACACAGCAGGAAGGUGGUGAAGGCCAGGAAGUUUCAGAGCAAGAGUUACUGAGGAAAUCCCACAGCCAACUGCCAUACUUUUUGGGUAGGCCAACCCAGGACCAGACCAUCAUCAAGUCUGGCUACUGUGUGAAACAGGGAGCUGUGAUGAAGAAUUGGAAAAGGAGAUAUUUCUUACUGGAGGAGAACUCAAUGAGUUAUUUUAAAUCAGAUCUGGAAAAGGAGCCUCUGAGAAUUAUUCCAUUAAAGGAGGUCCAUAAAGUUCAGGAAUGCAAGCAAAGUGACAUCAUGAUGAGAGACAAUCUGUUUGAGAUCGUGACUACUUCUAGGACCUUUUACAUUCAGGCUGACAGUCCAGAGGAGAUGCACAGCUGGAUCAAGGCUGUCUCUGGGGCCAUUGUGGCCCAGCGGGGCCCGGGGAGGUCUGCAGCCACACAGGAGCUACGCAGCCGUUCCUCCAGCUCCACAUUCUACUGCAGCCACCCGGGGCCCCCCGUCCCUCGCUCGCCCAUAUCUACAGUGCCGUCCUACCCAGGGUGCCCUGGUGUCGCGGGCAGCACACGCGCGGAGCCUGGCAUGGGACAGCGAGCACUUCAUGAGUCUGUUGCCGCGACCCAGCCACGCCCGUCUGUCCCUGCAGGAGACGCGCCUGUCCAAGUGACCGCUGCCUUUGAGUCACCAUGGAGACGGCGCAGCAGCUUCGGUCCCUACCCACCUGAACCCCCAUUUGACCUGGACUCUGCCAACUUGCCAGUCAGCGAAGUCUGACCCCUGAACCACAAAAUACCAUUGAGUUACCUACACACUACCACAUAACCAGGGGUGACUUACAGAAGAGACAACGCUGUGUGACAACAGUGAUAAUCGGGGCAAUGAGAGGAAUGAUUUUGAAUAAGAGCUGCCGAUGAAAUGAAAUCGUCGGUUUCUACCAGAAUUGACAGAUAGCUGGCACUGGACUAAUUCAAAGUAUGAUAUAUCAAGCUAUCUUAACUCCCCUUUUCCUUAAACUGUUAAUCUAACCCAACUAAUUAUCACUGGUCAGGUGUUAAAGAGCGGAUGGUCACUGACUCUUUAUUAGUCAUCUACUCAGUGAAGGUCAAGGCCUGUUGACACACAUGAAGAUGUGGAAAUGGUUGUCCAUGAUGAGUGUCUACGCAGGUUACAUUGAACUUUACUGCAUGUUUCUAUUUACCUCAUAUGACGGAUAGUGUAUAGAUAAUUUUUUUCCUGUUGAUUUAAAACUCCUGGCUACAUGGACCAAAAAUAUUAUUCUGCGAUGUGUGAGCCUAAUAUGUUCUGCCACCCUGUCAAGCCAGCUAGUAAGAGCCCGCUAGUUGAACGUCUUUAAAAGGGGAAAGCUAUAUUCUCUAAUGACUAAAAGUAGUUGUCUAGCCACAUAUUACUUAACAUGCCUGGUCAUUUCAUAUAUUCGCUGUUGUCCCUAGCUAAUGUCUAUUUUUGUAACUUUGUCUAUAUCAUGUAUUACCAUAUUGUUCUAAAAUGUCAUAUCACCUAUUUUUAAAUGUACUAUCCCACUUAUGACCCCCCAUACUACAAUAAUUAUUUUCAAUACCAAGUUUUAAAUACAUGAAUGUUCAGUAGACAGUUGGUUUAUGGCUUUAAUGUGAAUUAUGUUCCAUUUUUUUAUUUAUUUUCUGCAUUAAAGGGAUGUUUUAGUAAAGAAGGAUUUUGAUCAUUUCCAAUUAACCCCAGAUUACUUACUAAUUCAUGGAUACCAUUUCUCUGCAUUCAUUUUAAAGAGUGGUAGUGUGUAGCAUUCAGUAUGCUUUACACAAAUGCUGGAAGUCUCUAGACACUACAUGGCUUAUUCAAACAUUGUAGACAUUGAGCCAGACAAUAUUUACAAAUGAUCUUCAUGAUAUUGUCAAGUCAUAAAAUACCGAAGUAUUUUUUUAAGCCAUCACAUUGGAGUCACUUAAAAUGAUUUUUCUGUCCUAGGAUCAUACACUACUCAAUAAGUCUGGGGCUUUCAUUGUCCAGAGAUGUAAAAUACCACCAUAUAGACCAAAAAUAAGACAUACUGUAUUUUGAUUUUAUAUUAUGACUUUCACCCAGUACGGUCUCCUAUUAAUACCAACCCUUGACCUCUUAACCUGUGUACUGUAUAGUGGCUUUUUCCACUUUAUAACUGCUGCCUAGUUUGAGUUGUGAAAAUGAAUGCUCUGUUCUGAAAAUUGUUUUAUUUGUGGUGACUUUUGUUGUAUGGGAUUGUGUUUUAUCUUGCUAUGGUGUAAAUUGGGUGUUUCUGCUUGGACUUCCCUGUACCCACGCUUGGAGGUAGUGAAGGUUAACCAUCAUACUACUCUAAAGUCUCAUUUCAGUACACAUCAUUGUGUUCUGCAUAAGCAAGUAGCCGCUAAAGUGCCUGUCUGUACAGUAUAUAGCUAGUCUAAUCCUUUUUGUCUUUUGUAAUUUCUAUUAUUUAUUGCAUUCAAUGACUUCAAAGAAAUAAACCUUUUGAAAUGA